CUGUGGGGUUCUUCCAGCCCCCGACCCAACCAAGGAAACGAACGCCAGGACUGAAGCUCUAUCGAUCAUCUCUCCGAAUCAACAACCAACUCUACCCUCUCAUCUCAGCUUCUCCUCAACAUCGCAGCCUACUCCCUCAGCACUGCUGCUUCUCUCGCCCCCCCAAUUUGAUGCGCCACACCUCUUCCCGAUAACUCUCGUUCGUCGCGACCCCGUCAACCGUUGCCGCAACCUUCCCGCCCCGGAUCUUCCCAACGCAGACACAACCCACCAGACCAAUUCGGCGCCGAUUUCAACUCAUACUAGUUGCUUGAUACACGGAUUGGGAGCGAUGGUCAUUCGAACACUCUGCUGAUGAGCUCCAUGAUCGAGGGCAGUGAUGACUGGGCACGAGAGGAUGAGCUCGACCUGGGCCAGGAGGACGAGGCCCACUUCCGUCGGACUCAGAAUGGCACCCCCGACCACGACCACGGCAACGGCAGUCCAAGGGAAAGGGCUGGGGAGGAGAUAGUUGGUGAUGGCUCAAUCGCGUAUGGGGAGGAGGACACGCCGGUUUUAAAUGGGCACAAUACUGCUGUUGCCGACGUGGAUACAGACGAUGAUGCUCCGCUUUCGAACCGAAAUCGUGGUCCUGGGAGUGUGGAUGAGACGGCUUCGACGCCGGAUGAUACGCCUUCUUUACAUGGUUCGAUUCUUUCGUCGCGGAGUAGCAGUGCUUUGGCCUUUCGCGGAUCUCCUCUCGCCAGCCCGAGUCCCUCCCAUCGUCCCUUUGAUCUUCGUUUCCAGUCCCGACUUUCGACGUCUUCUCCCAGCGGCCUUCGCUCAUCCUCGCCGUUUUUAUUUCAUGUACACUCGAGACACUCAUCCCUAGCGAGCCAGCUCUCCCCGGGUACCGUCGAUUCUGGGACCGAUACCCCCCAAGGGCCGUGGGAUGUUGUACGAUGGACCAAGUUACGCAAGAUCACUGGACAGGCGUUUUCGGAGGUCGGGAAGCGCAACUUUGGGCAUCCUACGUGCAUGGCCGUGUCGACGACUAUCGUGAUCGGAACGUCCAAGGGAAUUGUCCUCGUGUUUGAUUAUCAGCAAAGCUUAAAGGCUAUCAUUGGGACGGGUACAAAGGCUAUUGAAUGCGGAGCUAUCACAUCGCUGGCGCUUUCGGCUGAUCAUUCGACGGUCGCUGGUGGUCACGCUUCGGGCGACAUCUUCACAUGGGAAAUAUCGAGACCCGCACGCCAUUUCCUUCAUAUACCACCUAUACCUGCGAACCAGGUUGACACUCGAACUUCCGACGGUCAUAUAUCAGGCUUUGCUGUUCUCCACCUGGGCUUCCUGGGAACCCGGCGCACUGCGCUUGUCUCUGCGGACAAGCGGGGAAUGGCCUUUUCACACCUGGCUACGAGAGGUAUGGGCGCAGUAGGACGGACAGUGAAGACGACCAGAAUCCUAGGCCGAUAUCCUCAACCCAUCGCAGAAGACCCCCGCCCGCGGAAACCAAGCGCCGUACUCGCCUUUUGUCCUCUUCCUCUCGGCAACGUCGACCAGCCCACUGACUCUUUGGGUCUGGUUGCGAUGCUCACUCCAUAUCUCCUGGUUAUAGUUUCCACUACCCCCGUUGCGCGAACCCAACAUAAAGCGCCGCGUCCAAGGGAGGUUACUGCCCAUGGUGCAAUGACUGGAGCGCUGGCCUGGUUUCCUGCGAUCAAACUGAAGGGCAGAGACUCGUCUUCCAGCACGAAGCUUGUAUAUUGCUGGUCAAACGUGCUGACCAUACUUGACGUGUCUGAGAUUGAAACCGACGAGCCGCCAAACAAGGACAAGCCCCCUCAUCUUGAUUUCAAAGCACGGAGUAGAUGGAAAGCAGACGAGGCAAUCGUUGCGGUGCAGUGGUUGAGUCGCUCUGUGUUGGCUGUCCUUACAAUAACGCAACAGUUGAUUAUCAUUGAAGAUGGCUCUAUGCGCGUGACGGAUUCUAUUGAUCUUCUCAGCAAGCAUAUCUAUCAUGCCGAUCUUUUCUCGUCGCAGCUUCAUUCUCUAGUCGAACAGCUUAAUGAGGAAGAUACCUCAAUGCACGGGGUGGUGGCUGAUGCUUUCUACAUGAGUUUCCGUGUCUACAAAGGGCGACUGUUCCUACUAGGUUAUAAUGAAACUUUGAUGGGCGGUCUCUCAAAUUGGGCAGACCGGCUGCUUGCACUCAUGGAGGCAGGCGAUUUCAUCGGCGCGAUUCGACUGGCGACAACGUAUUACCAGGGCAAUGCGGAGAAGUUGACAAUCGGACUUCCCGAAGAGGAUAUGCUGAGACGGCCCAUUGUUCGCGAAAGGUUGCUCGAAAUGAUUUCUGCAUCGCUCAAGUAUGCAUUCGGUCGCAACACAGAAGCUAGCAAUAAACGGUUGGAAAGCCGACAGCUCCAGGAGUUGGCAGAAGUAUCCAUCACGGCUUGUAUGUCCAUCGGCGAUGAGCAGUUCCUAUGGGAUGAGGUCUUCAACUGGUAUGAGGAGCAUGAUUCCCCGGGUCUUUUCCUGGAUGCCCUCGAAUCGUAUAUUGUCGAAGGAACUGUGCGAUCUCUUCCUCCUACCGCUGUCAAGGCUCUCAUCGACCACUUUGCGACGAAUCACACCGCCAGCGGGUUGGAGGAGAUCAUCUGUCUUUUGGACACCACCACGAUGGACAUUGAGCAAGUCACCAAACUGUGUCAGCACUAUAAUCUAUACGAUGCCUAUAUAUACGUUUGGAACCGCUGUGUUGGGGAUUACGUGGGACCGCUUCAAGAACUCCUGACGCUCACGUCAUCCAUCCAAGCCCCGUCCCAAGCUAACGGAGAUUCACUGGACAAUCUGAAACAGUAUACGAACGCAAUGAAGAUGUUCCCUUACCUAUCUUAUGUCCUCACCGGUCGGGUAUACCCGACUGGAGACGAUAUGGACGACGCCGAAUCCGCACGGGCCAAAGCAUCCUUGUACGGCCAUCUCUUCUCGGGCAAUCGGGCUGGUACCGAAUCGCAAGAUGGAUCCUUUGCCGAUCUGAAAACGAUGCUCAAGUUUGACACGCCCAGUUUUAUGAGUAUGCUCAAUGAAGCGUUUGAGGAUGGGUUCUUGAACGAGCAGGAUCCCGAAGAGAUGUCGUUCCAACAGGGCGUAUCGGUCAACCGGCAAUACCUCAUCACGAUCCUACUUCAGGUAAUGAACGCCGAGUCAUUCUCACCCUUUGAUACCAUUUACCUUGAUAUGUUUGUUGCGCGCAAUCUUCCGAAAUACCCCCAGUACAUUCUUCUUUCUGGUACCACAUUGCACCAGGUUCUGGAGCGACUGUGUCGUUAUCCAAACCAGGAAAUGGCCGAGGAUUGUGAGCUUAGCGCGGAGUAUUUGCUAUCACUUUAUCACCCGCCGGAUGUGCAAAGCAUGAUUCCCCUUUUCCGGGAAGCACGAUUUUUCCGAAUCCUGAAAUCGACGUAUCGCUCUGAGAAGCAGUUUCCGCAAUUGAUUCUCACUUUCCUCGAGGACCCGAAAGACCAGCAGGAUGUCUUUACUUCGCUGCAAGACUGUCUUCGUCCCGGCUCCAAGCUUGGUAAAAAACAGAGGCGCGAUGUUGUUGAUGUGGUCAAGGACCGAGCCGGGCAGUUGGCUGCGAUUGAUGUGAGGAGGGCUGCGCAGACCAUGCAGGACUUAGCUCCUGAGACGCAUGAAACGUUCCUCAAAGUCUUGGAGAAAGAUGCCUAUAUGCAGUAUCAGUAUCUGGCUGUCUUUGUCGAACCCCAGACGCAAUCUGCCGCUGAAGGUAAACGUUCGAAACCGACUGAAAACUGGAUGGUAGAACUUUAUGUGCAGCUGCUGUGCAAAUACAACCCGUCACAUGUUGCGGACUUUGUAGAUGCUCUGCGAGUCGGUGAUGUCCGGCUGGAAGAGUUGCUUCCUUCGAUGGAGGAUAGUGGGGUGGUGGAUGCCGCGGUUAUUCUGCUUGCUCGACAAGGUCAAGUGCGGGCUGCCAUGGACCGGCUGAUUGCGCAUCUGGGUACAUUAGAGUCCGGCUUGGUGGGUAUUCUUCGGAGCGUGCAAGAGAGUCCCGAUUCUGCUAGUACGGCUGAGGCGAUUGAUGAUCUUGUCGAGUCGUUGAAUAAGUAUGCGCGGGUUGGAAUCUGGCUGUGCCAGGGCCAGACAAAAACAGCACGAGAAUCGCGGGCAAUGGCAGGAAAGAAUGGCACCCGGGGCACAUCGCCGCUAGAACAGCCUCUGUCGUUUGAUGAGGGUCUCUGGCUUGAUUUGAUCGAGGCUGUUGUUCGCAUUGCGAGCAAUGUAUUUACACUGAUGCGGCAAGAUUCUCCCAGCGACCAGAAUAAACUGGUAUCGACUGCGUCUUCAUUGGGGAAGAAUGCGACUCAGUUAAUUUCAUCAUUCCGGACCUUGGUGCAGCAAGUCUUUACCGCACUUCUUUCCAGCACGAUCAAGGGACCUUCGACAGCAGAACGAAGCGAUGUUGCCUUUUUGCGUAUUCUGCGCGCAUUUUUAACACAAGCAGCGAGCUGGUCUCCGUCCCUGCUCGAGUUGCGUGCAGUUCUGGCUUCGGUCUUCUCGGCUUAUACCUAUGAAAAGUCACUUUUAUCCCUUGCGAAUGGCAUGUUGGAUCGGGAUCUGUUUGUGCAUGUAGACGAGGUGUCCCGACUUCGACAGCGGGGAUGGCGUCCACGAGGUCAAGCGUGUGAGAUAUGUCGUCAACGCAUAUGGGGACCCGGAGUUGGACCAGAGUAUUGGCACGAAUGGGAAAAGAAGCAGGCGGAAGAGCGACAACGUCGUGUGGCCCGACGACUCGAAAGUCACCUCGAUCCAGCGACUGCGCGAGGAAAAGGCAAGGCAGCUGCCAUUGUAGAAGCCGGGCAGUCCCUGCAUCUCCUGGAUGGACAUGUAGAGCAUGGGCAGUCGACCCAUGGGAUGGAGGGAGAAGAAGAAGGACAAGGGAUAGUACAACCGGAGCCAGAGACGAUGCCGGUUGGACCAGUUGUGGUGUUUUCGUGCCGCCAUCUGUUCCAUCGCCAGUGUCUGCUGGAUCUUGGCCAGGCUUACAGACGCGAAGGAAGUAAUUUGCAUCCUCCAGAUGGGUCGAACCAUGGAUUGAUUUGUCCGUCAUGUACAUAGAAGGAUAGAGAGAGCAAGAAGGAAGGGUGAGAUGAUCUCGCAUCAUCUGGGUGUUUCUGAUGACUUUUUUCUUACUGAGCAUGUAUGGUUUGAUUUGCUUUUCGUCCGACGACCGAGUCAUGUAGCAACUGUCUUGUCUGUCUUGUAUCUUCAUCUUUCAUCACGACAAGGUGCAAUUAAGGUUGUCAGUGGUGAAGAAAAAAAAAAAAAAAAA